AUGGCCAAAUAUCAAGGUGAAGUUCACAGUUUGAAACUGGAUGAUGAUUCAGUCAUAGAAGGAGUAAGUGACCAAGUACUUGUGGCAGUUGUGGUCAGUUUCGCUUUGAUUGCUACCCUGGUAUAUGCACUUUUCAGCAUAUCUCCACAUAAGAACUUUCACCCCCAGCUUCUACUGUGUGUGUCGUGUCUCAAUAUGCACUUGUUUUCUCACCAGGAUGCACCUGCUGCUGCCCGACAGCAGUUCUACACUGACAUGUACUGUCCGAUCUGUUUACAUCAAGCUUCCCUCCCUGUUGAAACAAACUGUGGACAUCUCUUUUGUGGUACCUGCAUUGUGGCGUACUGGCGAUACGGUUCAUGGCUUGGGGCAAUCAGUUGUCCAAUCUGUAGACAAACGGUAACUUUACUGCUAACAGUAUUUGGUGAAAAUGACCAGUCUCAGGAUGCUGUAUCAUUGCAUCAAGAUAUUAAUGAUUAUAACCGGAGAUUCUCAGGGCAGCCCAGAUCUAUUAUGGAAAGAAUUAUGGACCUACCCACUUUACUGAGGCAUGCAUUCAGGGAGGUGUUUUCGGUCGGAGGCCUUUUCUGGAUGUUCCGUAUCAGGAUAAUACUUUGCUUAAUGGGGGCUUUUUUCUAUCUCAUAUCGCCUCUAGAUUUUGUGCCUGAAGCCCUGUUUGGAAUUCUAGGCUUUCUCGAUGAUUUCUUUGUUGUCUUUUUGUUGCUCAUCUACAUCUCUAUUAUGUACCGAGAAGUAGUAACACAGAGGCUCAACAGAUGA